AUGAAGGAUAAAACACUAUACAAUAACAAACAGGAAGAAGCUCUUCGAUCUGAAGAUGUUUUAACUGGUAAACUAACAUUUCACUCGUUACAACCACCCGAUUUAUCAAAAUGCACCAAAGACGAGAUAAAAGAGUAUUUCGAAAAUACAUACGACUUGACCGAAAGUCUAUUUACAUCGUUAGUCGACACAAGUUGCUUCUACAAAUGUCCGGAUAAAUUAAGAUUACCGCUGAUUUUUUAUUAUGGGCAUACGGCAGCUGUUUUCAUGAACAAGCUUGUUCUUGCAGAUCUUAUCAAGCCAGAAGAACGUAUCAAUGUUGAAUUUGAAACUGUUUUUGAGACAGGAGUUGAUGAAAUGUCAUGGGAUGAUAUUGAAAACUUUCGAAUGGGUGGUGAAUAUAAAUGGCCAACGGUCAAACAGGUGCACGAUUAUCGUAUGCAAGUCCGUCAGUUGAUUCUCAAAGUCAUUGAACGAACUCCAUUGCUGCUGCCUAUUGGCUGGGAUAGUCCUUGGUGGGCAUUUUUUAUGGGUUUUGAACAUGAACGCAUCCACUUAGAAACCUCUUCCGUUCUCAUUCGCCAAAUGCCCAUCCACAUGGUAAAUAUGCCUGAUGCAUGGACUUACGGUCCAUUCAAUUUUGAAUCAAGCCCACCUGAAAAUCUAUUCAUCUCUGUAGAAAAAACAAAAGUUAUACUCGGAAAAAGUUAUAACUAUCCGAGUUACGGAUGGGACAAUGAAUAUGGAAGAGUGGAAGAAACUGUUUUACCAUUUGAAGCAACAACAUUUAAAAUUACAAAUGAAGAAUAUUUAAAAUUUGUCGAAGCUGGUGGUUAUACGAACAGUUGUAUUGAUUCUUGGACGGAAGAAGGACAGCACUGGUUAAAAUCUCGUCACGCAAAUCAUCCAAUAUUUUGGAUCUGUAACAAUGGUUGUAAAUCCGGUUGUGGUUCUACGCUUGGUGAUUAUUCACAUUGUACUCCUGAUGAUGGGUCGAAUAACUUUUCGACGAAAGAAAAUAUACAUAAACGUCCGGAUUUUCCAUAUAGACUUCGUCUUAUGUUUAAUGCUAUCGACAUGCCAUAUAAUUGGCCUGUUGAAGUCAAUUAUCACGAAGCGAAAGCCUAUUGUAAUUGGAAAGGAAAAGGAUUUCGACUAAUCACAGAAGCUGAACACCAUGCGCUACGUGAUUUACCGGUAUUCGAAAAUUUUCAGCCGCUCACUAAUGACACAUCAUGUGAUAUUAUUUACAACAAAUGUAAUCAAAUAAAUCAUAAUCUACAAUUCGGCUCAUCAACACCUGUCAAUUAUUAUCCAGCCAAUAAAAAAGGUUUCCACGAUGUUUUUGGAAAUGUUUGGGAAUGGUGUGAAGAUAAUUUUAAUGGAUUCCCAGGUGGACAAACUCAUUAUUUAUAUCACGACUUCUCCAAUCCGUGUUAUGAUGGACGACAUAAUAUGAUCAUGGGUGGUUCAUGGGCGUCAACUGGUGAUGAGGCAUCUAGAUUUGCUCGAUACAUGUUCCGACGUCAUUUCUUUCAACACUGUGGAUUUCGUGUUGCUCGAUCCCCAACAUCGAGUGAAAACAAUCUUGAGAAAUCUGAUCCAAAAGUACGUCUUGUACAAAAUUCAGUGUAUAUCCUUGGUUAUGGUGUUUCAGAAAAUCCGAUUGCGUUAGAUCAAAAGUUAUAUGAAAUUCAUCGAUAUCAAACAGAAAAUACUCAAUAUUUAUAUGAAACCGAUCGAACAGAAACAUUAUGUUACGAAGAUGAAUAUUCAGGAAUCUAUAAUAUGGUCACAGAAUAUCGACAUUAUUUAGCAUCAAUGUUCUCUCCAAUUGAUCGAGCAUUUCUUAUUCAACGAAAUAUUCAAAAUGCUAGAAAUCAUUGGGGAGAAGAUGAUUCAAGAAUGAUGAAUGGAACUCAUGUUGAAAAAUGUGUUAUCAAACAGUUUACAUGGAUUCCUAAUGAACUUCAUCAAGCAGAUGUUGUUAUAUAUACAAUGACUGAUCGUCUAGAAAAUCCAAAAGGAUGGUUAAAACGAACACGAGAAAUCGUACGUCCAUCAGGUUUACUGAUUAUAUUCUCUGGAGGACAAUUUCAUCAGAAUAAUUUGACACAUUUUAUAGGAGAAGACUUUGAAUUAAUGAAAUCGGACACAUUGCAUGCUAUAGAAUUUUGUCGAAGUGAUAUUUAUCCAAAGUCAACAGCUACAGUUACAUGUUGGAAAAAAAUAGCUUAA